AAAUUCGAAAACCUCAUUUUCUACCUUGUGUUAUUUUAUUGAUUAGAAUAUGUUUCAUAUAUUGAUCCAGUGUAAUAAAACAUCCAUACUGUACCUAAUAAUAUGCAGACCAGAUACAUUACCGUGCAUGGGCUCUGAGCGCCGCUGUUGAUACAUCACUGAGUUAGCUCUCCACGGUUGCAGUGCAGUGAUCCACCCCUUUAACUCCAGUCGUCGUUUUACUGCUUGGAAUGAAGACGCUCUCGUCUGUGGUGCUUUAAAGUGUGGAGUAUAUCUGCUGAGAAAAACACAAUUGUGGAUUUAUUGAGCUUUAAUUUUCCUUGAAGGAAUUACUCUGCGUCUGUACCUUUUGGAUUUAUGAUGACAUUUAUGUGGAAAAGCGCUUGCAGAGGCCGAUGGCAGGCAGUGGUUGUCAUUCUUUGUCUUUCCCAGCUGAGCUCGGUGACUGGACAGGCUCGGUACUCAAUACCGGAGGAGCAGGCUGAAGGAUCUUUUGUUGGAAAUAUUGCUAAAGAUUUAGGCUUGGAUGUGGCGAGACUCGUAUCAGGUAAAGCUCGAGUUAUUACGAAAGGAAGUCAACACUAUGUUGAUUUAAAUCGAGACAAAGGCACCCUCGUCAUCAAAGAGCGAAUCAACCGAGAAGAGCUUUGUGGAAAGACGACGCCAUGUAGCUUUAGUUUCGAGCUGAUUUUAGAAAAUCCAAUCCAGCUUUAUCGUGUAACAGUCGAGGUUACAGAUAUUAAUGACAACAGCCCCAUAUUUCCGAAAGAUACAGUCAAUUUGAAAAUAGUUGAAAAUGCUGCAACAGGGACUCGUUUCUCUUUGGAGAGUGCAGACGACUCCGAUGUUGGGAUCAAUGACAUUCAAAAAUACACGCUCAAACCCUCCGAUAAUUUCAAAUUGGAAGUUCACAGCCAGCCUGACGGAGGCAGGUUUGUCGAAAUGAUUUUACAAAACCCGUUGGACCGAGAGAAAGAGGAGACGCACACACUUGUGCUUAUAGCUGCAGAUGGCGGCGAGCCACGUAGAUCAGGAACAGUGCGUAUUCAUAUAACUGUACUCGACGCUAACGAUAACGCGCCAGUUUGUAGCCAGCCUGUUUAUAAAGCGGAUGUCAAUGAGAAUUCUGCUGAAGGAACGGUGGUAACCGCUGUUAGUGCAAAUGAUGAAGAUAAAGGAGUAAAUGGCGAAGUGACGUAUUCCAUAGCGCACGUUGCAAGAGAAGCGAAACAGCUUUUUGAAGUCAACGUUAAAACUGGAGAGAUUAAAGUUGCAGGUAAACUCGAUUUUGAAAAAUCUAAAACGUAUCAGUUAAAUGUGCAGGCAAGUGACCAUGGGGGAUAUACAGACACGUGCAAAGUUAUUAUUCAAAUAAUUGAUGAAAAUGACAACGUGCCAACAAUACAACUUAUGUCAUUUUCAAACUCGAUAUCCGAGGAUUCACCCCCUGGUACGACAAUAGCUGUUGUUAAUGUAGAUGACGAAGACUCUGAUGUUAACGGUAUUGUCAGUUGCUCCAUUAACUCUGACGUACCUUUCAACAUUGAGUCUUCAUUAACCGGAUAUUACUCCAUAGUAACCGAGAAUGUCUUAGACAGAGAAAGUGUCUCAGAAUAUAACAUCACAAUAACUGUCGCUGACCGAGGCUCCCCGCCUCUGUCUAGCACUAAAAACAUCAAUGUUAAAGUAUCUGACGUGAAUGACAGCCCACCAACAUUUGAUAAAUCAGAAUACAGUAACACAAUACCAGAAAAUAAUUCUCCUGGAUUUUCUGUGUUCACUCUCAAUGCCCAUGAUGCAGACUGGGGCCAAAACGCUCGAGUUUCUUACUUGCUGGAGGAAAAAGAGAUUAAUGGGGUAGCAUUGUCGUCUCUAGUAUCAAUAAAUUCGGAAACUGGUGCCAUCCAUGCAGUGAGGUCGUUCGAUUAUGAGCAAUUAAAAUGGUUUGAAUUUAAUGUAACAGCGCGAGAUGCUGGGUCUCCUCCUCUGAGUUCGGUGACUACGGUUAGAAUACUGAUCCAGGACCAGAACGACAACCCACCUCAGGUUCUGUACCCGGUCCAGACUGGUGGCUCUGUGGUGGGUGAGAUGGUGCCUCGUUCAGCAGAUGUGGGCUAUCUGGUCUCUAAAGUGGUGGCUGUUGAUGUGGACUCUGGACAGAAUGCCUGGCUCUCCUAUAAACUCCAGAAAGCCACAGACAGGGCGCUGUUUGAAGUGGGCUUACAGAAUGGAGAAAUAAGAACUAUCCGCCAAGUGACUGAUAAAGAUCCGGUGAAUCAAAAACUGACUGUUAUAGUGGAGGACAACGGACAGCCCUCUCGUUCAGCUACAGUCAUUGUUAACGUGGCGGUGGCGGACAGCUUCUCUGAAGUGAUGUCGGAGUUCACUGACUUUAAACAGGACAAGGAGUACAAUGACAACCUGACUUUUUACUUAGUGUUGGCUCUGGCUGUAGUUUCCUUCCUCUUCAUCACGUGUUUAGUGGUUAUUAUCUCAGUGAAAAUCUACAGAUGGAGACAGUCUCGUGUCCUGUAUCACUCCAAUCUCCCUGUGAUUCCAUAUUAUCCACCACGUUACUCAGACACGUUGGGGGGUACAGGGACUCUCCAACACGUGUACAAUUACGAGGUGUGCAGGACGACUGACUCCAGAAAGAGUGACUGUAAGUUCGGCAGAGCUGGUAGUCAGAACGUGCUGAUAAUGGACCCCAGUUCUACAGGGACGAUGCAGAGGAUGCAGAGUGAAAAGAGCAUCCUGGAUGAACCAGAUUCUCCUCUAGAGGUUUGUUAUUGAUUUAUAAGUUCUCAUUCACAUGUUUGGUAGUGUUUUUGAGAUUUUAAUAGCUUGUCUAAUUGUGUACAGUGGGCGUCUUCUGAAAUGUAUUGUUUAUUAUAUCUAGUUGACCGCAUAAUAAUUGAAAUUGAGUUCAGGAGCCGUUUAAACGCUGCUUUUUCUGUUUACACGUCUUGUGGUUGUGCUCCAUUUUGCCCUUCCACUCUGUCAGACUUUUCUCCACUGUCCAAUGUAUUACAUCGCAUGCUCAGUUUGAAGUUAACAUAACUUCUAAACUGUGAUAGCACCAAUAUUUUAGGGGGCAGGAGUUCGUCUUAGAAAACAGCACAUCCUCGCGCUAUAGUGGCAACAUUUUCAUUUAACUUUUUAUUUUUCUCUAUAACCCUCUGCUCAUGUAAAA